CUGGCUUCUGACCAAUCAUCGUGCCCCUUGGUUAUCACUUCCGGUGGCGUUUCCUGUCAGUGUUUGUAAACUGAGAAAAUUGGAAGUGCGACAAGAAAUAAUAACCUCCAAAACUCUUUAAUUUGAAAGGCUUUGCCCCCUGAUGAUUUGGUUGGGUGUGGUCUCUUCUGUUACCCUUCAUCCUGAGUGAAGCCCCCCACUGUUCCCACAAACACACACGCACUAAACCACGGCGAUGACAAACCAUUCCAACAGGGACCAUAUGAAAUGGGCUGGGUUGCUGGGCUGCGAGGCAGUGCUUUCCAGCAUGGCCCUGAUGCAAGCCAAUAACAUCCCAGGACAGAAGAGGAUGAUGUCACCUUUGGGUCAAGGGCACAGGGCCAGUCCUGAGAGCCUCCAAACACACUCACAGCACGGCCAUAGCCACAACCACCAUGGACACCCGGGUCACCAUGGGCAAGCCCACCACAGCCACAUGGGCCAUCCUUCAGCUGGGAGCUGUCCACCCCUGCUGAUCCGAAAAGAUGGAGAUUAUCACACAUCAAGAAUGAUGGAUGAGAAGGACAUGCAGGCAAACCAGAAUAUGCAGCCCAAGAAGAAGCACAAAAAAUCCGGGUCAUCCAACAAAGUCAAAGAGAAAGUGGAGCAUUUACUUCCACCGAUGGACAUGGAUGAUGACAGUUCCUUGAAGGUUCAGAAGAAUUUCAUCUGUGACCACUGCUAUGGAGCCUUUCGGAGUAGCUACCACCUCAAACGACAUAUACUCACACAUACAGGAGAAAAACCUUUCGCUUGUGAUGCGUGUGAUAUGCGGUUUAUUCAGCGUUACCACCUGGACCGACACAAGAGGGUGCACAGCGGAGAGAAGCCGUACCAGUGUGACCGCUGCCAUCAGAACUUCUCACGGACAGAUCGGCUGCUGAGACACCGGCGGCUGUGUACAGUUGGGAUCGCUAAAGAGGAGAACCAGUACUCACAGGACUCAUCCGGCCAUCCAGCCUCCUGGAGCCCCCUACAGCCGUCUAACAACCGCUUGACUGUCUGACCCUCGGCUUCCCAGAGACCUUACAGACAGCAGCAUUGGAGCUGAAAUGUACUCUACCUUGAAAACAGCCUAGCUUAAAAACAAUUUUAGUUUAUUCUUGACAGCUCAUUCACCAAGCUUGAUGGUGGAUUUUUGUAUUUUUCUACUGUUACAUUCAUCUCACUGACAAACAGGGGAGGACGACUCUACGAUGGUGGACAACAGGACUUGGUAUUAUGGCAAUAACUGAAUGAAAACGCACACUUCUUCUUUUCACUGAAAGGUUGUCUGUAUUUUUGCUGCCAAGGAGUUUGCAAGAAUUUUUUGACCGCAUUGACUGUCAGUGUGUCAGCAGCACCUCAUUGGCGACCUGUUGACCUGCCCUCUUCUACUCAUGGACAUUAAAGGACGCACACAGAACUGUGUAGUUUCAAGUCCUACUGAUUUUGUCUUCUUUAUGCUGCCACUCAUGUGCCAGCCACUUCUUGUAAGCUGAAGAUCCCAGCAGAGGUAGAAGAGGAAGGAACUGGCUGCCCAUACAAUAUUGUAGGUGUUAUGAGAGUUAGAACACAUCUGAUAUUAAACUUAAUGUAUUAUAGAGAUAACUGAUCUUAAAGUGAAGUGGGCUCAAAACUGAGUUAAAUUCAAACUCAUUCUUUUUUUUUUUUACCAGAACACAAGUUUUAAACGUAUCUUUAAUAAUUUACAACCUGCUAUUAAAAAAAACACUAAAGGCUAACUAGAUUCUCCUGGAUCUUUACAUUUCAAACUAACCAUGGCAUUAGUUAAGUUGUGUAGAGACUGUUUGCUCACUCAUGAUCUGUUCUACCUUGUUUUAAAGGAUUUUAGGCAACACUCAAAAUACAGCAGAAGACUGAUACGUCUAUGUAGGAGGUCAGAUUUCUUGUCGCUCUUGAACAAGCUAGUACACUGUUUCAUCAUGUUACCUUCAUUUAGGAACUGUCUAAUCAUAAAAUAAUUGUGUUAACUGUCUAUAUAUGGCAAGAAAACCACUGUUAGUCUUGUUUUUCUAGCACACUGUUCAUAAAUUCUUCUGACUUAGAAAGACUUCUGUCCUUUCAUCAUCGUCAUCUGGAGUCUGAGGUUUGCUCAAAAGAGAAUAUUUUUGCAAGAUCUAGUUAUGGUCUUUAGGCUGUUUUCACACAUUUUGAUUAAAUCUAGACCUGUUCCUAAACCUAUUCCCAUACGAGCACUGUCAGAGUGUUCUUGAUGCCAACUAGCUGAAUUAAGUGCUUAGAUACAAAAAUAAGGUGGCUUAUCUUUUGAUUUCCUUAUCUCACCUCUGUCUUGACUUGACUGAAUGUUAUCAGAUGCAGUGCCAUGUCAUUUCAAGGUUAUCUUUGAGCAUCUUCAGUGAAGAUGACUUGUUGUAUAGAGUGGACAGAGGAUUAUGUUUGAAUGAUGAAAGCCUACAUUUUUUUUAAGCUCCACUAAAUCAGGCGGGAAACACUGGACUGGAGAUGUUAGCUUCAUUAUAGGGGGUUGUAUUGUAGACUGGUACUUCUGUUGCUGUCACAGUUAAUAUAUAUAUUUAAAUUGUAUUAGGGGUAGAAAAUAGUAUGUGAAGGACCUACACUCCAACAGAAAAUCAAAGUAUUUACAAAGUUAUAAUCCUAGUCUGAUUUCUUUUCACAUCUGAGAAGCCCGUUGCAAGACAUCCUCCACCUCCCAUUGGAGGGAAUGUGAAAGGGGCCACUCAAGCCCUCUUAGUGUAGUAGCUAUGAUUUUCCAACUUUUAUUUGUUUUUGCAUGUAUAUGUUCAACAAUCUUGUAAACAUUUUGUUUUUGUAAAGAGCAUUUUUAAUUUUUAACAUGUAAGCCCCAACUUUUGUUUGUCAUUUCAAGGGUAAAGUGAAAUCAAUUUGGAGUCAGUCAAUCAUUCUGUAGCAUGGAGCUUGUAAUGGCAGUUUAGGGCCUCAAGUCUCAAUAAAAUUGUUACACUUUUUAAA